AUUGGUGAUUGUGUUUAAAUUAGUUUUGCCUUAGGUUAAGCAGCACAGCUACUAUUUAUCAUGUUAUUCAUACUUUGUGUGAGGCAGAGAGUCGUUUUUUCACAGCCUUCAGUACCAUGUCCAAAAAGAAAUUAGUCACACUGAAUACUUCACUCUCCUGGCAAAUUGCGUAUUAUGUCGUCUGGAGGUCCCCCUUGUGGCUAAAAUACCUUGUAGUCUGUCAGUUAUGUAGCCCCAUACAAAUCUAAAUCAGAGUGUUCCCCAGCCAGCCUCCCCAGAAACUCUAAAGGAUCCUUGCCAGUCGUGUCAUUAUCACCUCUCCGUCAGCGGUAUGGCUGACUCUCUGCGCGGGCUCUACCGCGUCUCUCCUGAGACUUCUCCACAAGCAGUGGAGGAGCGCGGCAAGUGGGGCAGUAAAAAAGAGUUCAUCCUGUCUGUGGCUGGUGCUAUUAUUGGACUUGGAAAUGUGUGGAGAUUUCCGUAUCUGUGCUACAAGAAUGGUGGUGGUGCAUUCUUCAUUCCAUACAUCCUCUUCCUUGUGACAUGUGGCAUUCCCUUAUUCAUACUGGAGACAGCACUGGGCCAGUAUACCAGUCAGGGGGGAAUCAUGUGCUGGAGGAAGGUCUGUCCUUUAUUUGAAGGCAUGGGAUACGCCAGCCAAAUUAUCAUUUUCUACGGGUGUAUCAGCUACAUUGUGAUUUUAGCCUGGGCUUUUCUCUACUUUUUCUCUUCUUUCUCCGGAGAGUUUCCCUGGGCCACCUGUAAUAACACAUGGAACACAGAUGCUUGUGUGGUAUUAAACAACUAUAAUGCCACAGCUAACUGGACCUCACCAGUGAAUGCAUCGUCAUCCGUUGUAGAGUUUUGGCAACGAAGGGUACUGAAUAUAUCCACCGGCAUAGAGGCCUUGGGAAACAUACAGUGGGAGCUCUCUCUGUGCCUUCUUCUGGCCUGGAUCAUCUGCUACUUCUGUGUCUGGAAGGGAGUGAGAUCCACAGGAAAGGCUACCUACUUCACCGCUACAUUUCCUAUCAUCAUGCUACUGGUGCUGUUUGUCAGAGGAAUGACCCUUCCUGGAGCCCUCCAUGGUAUCAAGUACUACCUGUACCCCAAUCCUGCACGGCUAGCCGACCCACAGGUUUGGAUGGAUGCUGGAACACAAAUAUUUUAUUCCUACGCCAUAUGUCUGGGGUGCCUGACUACGCUUGGGAGCUACAACAAGUACAACAACAACUGUUACAGAGACUCCUUCUAUCUUUGCUUGAUGAACAGUGGGACCAGCUUUAUAUCUGGAUUUGCCAUCUUCUCAGUUCUGGGCUACAUGUCACAAAAACAGGGUAUCAGUAUUUCUGCAGUUGCUGAGUCAGGCCCUGGCCUUGUCUUCAUAGUAUACCCACAAGCUGUGACCUUGCUGCCAUGGCCUCAGGUCUGGUCCGUGUGCUUCUUCACCAUGAUCAUCCUGUUAGGAAUAGACGGGCAGUUUAUUGGGCUCGAAAGUAUCAUGACCUCUUUAACGGAUAUCUACCCUUCCUGGAUCCAAAAAGGAUACCGCAGAGAGCUUCUUCUGAUGCUUGUGUGUACUGUCAGCUAUGUGUUUGGCCUGUUAUUGGUGUCAGAGGGUGGCGCAUACAUUCUGCAGAUCUUUGAUCAUUACGUUUGCAGCGGUCCCUCUCUUCUUCUGAUGGCAAUCUUCCAGUCAGUGAUCAUUGGAUGGAUUUAUGGUGCUGAGCGCUUCUCUGACAACAUUGAAGACAUGAUUGGGUACAAACCUCUAUCACUGAUCAAGUAUUGCUGGCUUUAUGCCACCCCUCUUAUUUGCAGUGGGACACUUGUAUUUUUGCUCCUGAGAUACACCCCGCUGAGGUUCAACAACACUUACGUGUAUCCUUGGUGGGCUUACUGGAUCGGCUGGUUUCUGGCCAUGUCAUCUCUUACAAUGAUUCCCAUCACCAUGAUCUGCAAACUGGCCAAAGGAAAAGGGACUUUCUGGCAGCGCCUCAAGAGAAGCUCCCAGCCUGCAGAUGACCUUCCAGUGAUGGCAAAGGAAAUGGCAAGCAUCAGUGCUCCACUGCGUGUCUGUGAUGGUGGAAAAAACAGCAAUUCUCAGUGAAAUGCCAAUCCUUUUAAAAUAACUUUUCUUUUUUAUUUUAAAAAUAUGUAGACCAGGUUGUUUACUAUGGUGAUUAGUAUUCAUAAACCAAUAUUUGUUUUAACGUGAGGUGACCAAUCUGAAUAUAAUAUAGUAUAUCAAAUAUCUAAAAUAAUUGUGUUUUUAUUUGUCUAAUGUUUUUUUUAAUCAUUGAAUUACAUUAUUUGAAAUUGUUACAGAUACUGAAUAUGCAAUAUAUUAUAUUGAGUUGCAAUCCAUUUUCUACAGGCCACGUCUAAAAUACCUCAAUACUGCAAUGUUUAAGUAUUUUUCUGUAACAAAAUUAUUAAUAACUAAUAGAUUUAACACUCUUUUUUUUGUUAUUAUGGUUUAAGUAGACAAGCUAAUCUGCUUCAUUAGGGCUGUGUGGGAGUAGUUUGUUCAGAUUUAAAUGAUAGUGCUGUCACCAUGGCAACAUUAGCAAGCAGCAACACAAAUGUCAUCAGAUUCCAGUUCUUACAUUGUAAAAUUCUAACUGAUGCAGGGAAGUAUGUGACAUCACACUGUUUCAAAAGAGCUCCGCCCACUUCAGACCAGUGGGAAGCACUCUCAUGUCUGUAAGGCAAAUAUGCAGCUGGAGCCAGCCAUCAGUUAGCUUAGCUUAGCAUAAAUGCUGUAAACAGGUGCGAACAGCUAGCCCAGCUCUUGACCAAAGGUUACAAACUCUGCCUUCUUGUCCAGCACACACAGGAAACUGAUGUUUUUUUCAAUUUGGUUUUCUGGGUGCUGGAGGAUGGAUUUUGUUUCCUCUGGAGAGAGCCAGGCUAGCUGCUUCCACUCUAAGCUAAGCUAACUGGCUCCUAGCAGUGGUAUCAUACUUACCUCACAGACAUGAGAGUGUUAUCUAAUGUCUUGUCUAACUCUGGUCAAGAGCAUGCAUACUGGUGUUUCACUAACUGUUGUAUAAAGAAAUAUGAAAUACCUUAAGAAUAUAGUAAGUGUCUAAUGGACCUUGUUUAACCACAGAUCUGUUGGUUUUACUUUACACAACCAGAAGCUUGUAAACCUUGCAACUAAACUGUUUAAUUUUGGAAAAAGAUUACUGACAGACUUCAACAAUGCUGCCUUUGACCUGUGCGACCUCCCCUGUAUAUUUCCAAUGCAGCAUUCAACUCAGACUGCUAACUGCUGUUCACCCCUGUGACCUCUUAUCCCUGUUCAUCCCCUUUGUUCCCCUCAGUCUCCUGUUUUUCUAAGUGAGCAUGCCUGAGUAACACCAAGUCUUUAGUUAUCAUUCAUGUGAUUCCAUCUGUGAAACUCUCCAACCAAAACAAACAUUACACUGGUGAGGUCCUUUUAAAUAGCUUACUCAAACUCAUCUGGUUUCAUUAACUACAUUUGUGAUUGUUGUUGACUCAUUAAGAAAAAGAGAUCGUGCUUUUACGUUUUAAUUCAUUAAAUCUGUUUAUGUUGGACCUACUUUACAAAUUUUCCAAAAUAUACAGGUAUAUAUUAAGCCAAAUAAAUUACCUGCUCAGGCUGUGAGAUAAGGGUUAAGCUACUUGCUGCUGGAAUUUAUAAUAUGAGUCCUUCAGUGCCUUUAACACUACUUUUACUUUUCUAGGUACAUGGUAUUUUCUUGAAUUACUAUA